AUGGCAUGGGUGGGACCAUACUUUCCCUUCUACUUGACGGGAGGCGUCCGCAUUGCAACUCAGACGAUGACCAGCUUGAAGGCGGCCAAGAAGCGGUGCCAGGAGCUGCAAGACUGCGGAGGCAUAACGGGAUACUGGAAGGCGGCGAGCAUGCCUGAGCUUGAGUGGCAGUGGGAGCUGCGAGGAAGGAACAGUCAGAGGAACGAGAUGUGGGUGCAGCCAUCGAAGCGAUGUUGUUCAAGGAGCUUUCAAGGAAUGCUUCCUCUUUUUUACAUCAACUUGGCGUACAGAUCCGAUAGGCGAGAGAACCUGCUGUCGUACUUGGCAGGAAAAGGAGUUGACGUCGAGGAGCAUGUAAUCCGUCAGAACGGUGUCAAUAGGAGUCUUUUUUCCAACGCCACAGAAAUCAUCACGAAACUGGAAGGCUUGUCCGUCUCCGAAGAGGACUUUUGGAGUCAUUUCAAGGUGCAAGGGAAGUUUCCAGACAUUGAAAGCAAUCUAUACAAGGGCAGGAUUGCGAGCUGGAUUGUUCAUCGGAUGGUAUGGAAAAGAAUUCUCAGCAUCCGCCAUGAACAUGAGUGGUAUAUCAUCGUCGAAGAUGAUGUCAAGAUGAUCGACGAUGUCGAUGCUCUCAUGGAAAAAUUGAGUUUGACGACAUGCUUACAUCCGUCAGUUGAAAUCAUCUACCUCACGGGGCGUCAAGUGCCAAAUUUCUUUCCUGGCAACGUGGUGAGUUACCUGGGUGUGGACGCAUACGUGGUCUCUGCCAAGGUCAUCAAGAAGCUACUCGACAACACUGUGUUGGGUGACCCCAAGAUCAACUCUCUCGGCAUCGACACUUACCUCUCCACUCUUGUCCGAAGAGGAGUGAUCGAUGCUCGAAUGAUAGAAGGAGGGAACGCUUUUGUGAACAGCUGGAGGGAGUUUGCAUCUGACAUCAUAGUGAAGGACAAGCCGUGA